CGCUAGAAGAUGAUUCUUUCCGUUCAUCUGCUGCUGUUUUUCUGCUGUGGUCUGAGUUUAGCCCAGCUUCAGAAUGAUGCACCAACUGAACUGGGCUGCUCACAGUCCUGCAUUAAUCAGACAGAGUUUGCUGCAAUGAAAGAAAGACUGGAAGUUGUGGAACAAAAACUGAAAGACAGUGAAGACCAGACUGCUGACCUCAGGAGGCAAGCAAGUAGUCAGGUGAUAUUCUCUGCGGCAACUGGAGGAAAUGGACCUAUUGGACCCUUCAACACAGAUAUAACUUUAAUCUACAGAACUGUCAUUACCAACAUUGGAUUUGGUUACAACCCAUACACAGGUAUCUUCACCGCACCAUUCUACGGUGUUUAUUACUUUACCUUCUUCUAUCACGCUGGAGGAGAACGUCCCACAAUCUUGUUUCUCUACAAGAACAACCAGGCGAUUGCUGUGUCCAAUGACCAUGCGACAAGCUACGACGGAGCAGAUAACGGAGGAAAUGCAGUGUUUUUGCAGCUGCAGAGAGGAGACCAAGUGUAUAUGCGCAUGCAGGCAAACACACAUGUUUGGGGAUCUGAUGGACAUACAACUUUCAGUGGUUUAUUGGUCACUCUAAUGUAAAAUAUCUUUAACUUUGAAAUGAUUUUUUUUUCCAUCUUGAGAGACAAAAUUGACAUUGAGGUACAUGUGAUAUUGUCAGACUUCCAACUUGUAGAUGUCUCUAUAAACCUUACUAAUAUGUAAUAGUGGUAAAGUUAUGAAUCAGAUUUUAAUGGAAGCUGCUGUUGUCAAUACUGGAUACUCACUGACAUAAAUCAUCUGAGAAUUACUUCUGUUGAAAAGAAAAAAGAUUUCUGUUUAAAAAUUUGAUAAAGAAAUGGACAGCAUGUAUUGUGAAUAAAUAGUGUGAAUGUUUGUGGGAUUGAUGGUGAUUGUUUUAUUAAAGAAUGUACAACUGAAGACUCUUUUUUCUCAAAGUGAAAACAGAUUUCUACCUAUUAAUGUCAAAUGUUUGGAAAUAUAAGAUGCAGAAUUAGUCGCUGCAAACUGUUCACCUCCUACAAGUCAGUAUUUCAUAAAUGCACCUUUGGCUGCAAUUAUAGUAUUGAUCAUGAGCGGAUAAAUCUCAGUUAACCCCAUUCUUCUUUGCUUCAGCUCUGUCAGGUUUCACAGGUUUCAUCAUGAGUGAGUAACUCUCUGAAAGUCCAGCCACAAAUUCUUAACUGGAUUGUAAAUUCUUAUACAAAAAACAAAUUAAAUUGACUGUGAUUCAAUGUUAAAGAGCAAUAAAGGUGGAAAACUUCCAAAGGGGGUGUUGAUACUUCAAUAGACAUGGCAGUAAAAGUCCAAAAGAGAAAUUGUAGCAACACAUUGGAGGCAAAAAUAAAUCAUUGAAAUAUGCUGUUUGCAAAACUUGCAAAACAGCCCAAAGCAGCACAUGAUCAGCAGCAGAAACAUGAAUGACCUUCAGUGGAAAAGAGACACUGACAAAACAGCUACACGGUCAUUCAUUGCAAGUCAACAGUUAAAAAUGAAUCCAUCAGUUUGCAUUCAGCUGCUUCUACAUUUCUUUAAAAUCUCAAAAUAAAUGCAGCUGCAGAAAGAUGAGGAUUAAAUGUCUUUCACUAAAAGCUGUUGAAAUGUGCUGGUAAAAUAAAGUUUAUCUUUGAGUUUGAUAACAAUCAAUAAAAUUGGUUAGCUGUUCAAUAUGUUAUCAUUCCCUCAUUGCUCCUCCAUACAAAAUAAAUACUUACAAAUAUGCAAAGUUGAUAAAAUCAAACAGGAAGUAAAAAAUUAACAGGUGAUCAUUAAAAAGUGUAAGAGCAGCAAGACGGAUGACAUUUAUUGGAGUUUAGGAGAUUCUGCUUGAAAAGUGAAUAUUGCUGUUUUGUGGUUCAAUGCUGUUCUGUGGCUUGAGUUUUGGCCCUGGAUGAUGAUGAUGAUAAUGAUGAUGAUUCACAGUCAUGCUUUCCUGACAUGUGUGAUCUGCUGACAGAAAACCUCACCUCAAUGGACAGGCUGAGGAACUGUGAAAACCAGACAAUAAAACAAAUAAAACAAG